AGGUGGGACCUUGAGAUGUCCCUCACUGUCCCGCAGGGCCAGCUUGUGUCCCUCACAGACUCUGCCACGUUACCCAUCCUACCGAAACCCUUGGGGCUGCCGGUGGGCAGGAAGGUCCCACCCCACAAGAAGCGUACGGCUUCCCGCUUUCCCCACGCAGGUCCUUAUCCCCGUACAUUUCGGAGAUGGCACCAUUUUCCCCAUUCCCCCUUCCAGGGCACCGAAUCCCCCCGCUCCCAGCCGACGCUCGCAGAGCAGCCCUCGGCGCAAGGACCGACCCGGGCAGAGCAUCCCGCGGGGCCGCAGGCGGGGCCGGGGCGGACCUUCCCGCAUGGCCAGGGGCCGGGCCGGGCGGCAGGGGCGGUGCUGGCGGGCGGGCGGCACCGAGCCCGCCGAGCCGAGCCCCGCGGACGGGACACAGCUCGCAGGAUGCCGCCGCUCCGCGUCUGCAUCGUCGGCUCGGGGAACUGGGGAUCAGCCAUAGCAAGAAUCAUUGGCCAAAAUGUCCAGAAUUCCAACAGAUUUGAUCCCACUGUCAAGAUGUGGGUGUUUGAAGAGAUCAUUAAUGGAAGAAAACUCUCAGAAAUCAUCAACCAGGAACAUGAAAAUGUUAAAUAUCUGCCUGGAUACAAGAUACCCCACAAUGUGGUGGCUGUGCCAGACGUGGCUGAAGCAGCAAACGGGGCAGAUAUUUUAGUGUUUGUUCUGCCACAUCAAUUUAUUGGACGAAUCUGUGAGCAGAUUGCAGGACAGAUAAAACCUGGGACAUUUGGGAUUUCCCUGAUCAAGGGGAUUGAUGAGGGUCCUGAUGGCCUGAAGCUCAUCUCUGACCUCAUUCGAGAGCAACUGAAAAUAGAGAUCAGUGUGCUGAUGGGGGCCAACAUAGCCAAAGAAGUGGCUGAUGAGAAGUUCUGUGAAACCACCAUUGGGUGCAAAAAUGAAACACAAGGGGAAAUCUUUAAAGAACUAAUGCAGACCCCCAAUUUCAGAAUUACUGUGGUGCCUGACUCUGAUACAGUGGAGCUUUGCGGAGCCUUGAAAAACAUCGUGGCAGUGGGUGCGGGGUUCUGCGAUGGACUGAGUUUCGGUGACAACACCAAGGCAGCAGUGAUACGCCUGGGCCUCAUGGAGAUGGUGGCCUUUGCCAAGAUGUUCUGCAAGGGACCAGUGUCAAUAGCCACCUUUUUGGAAAGCUGUGGGGUCGCUGAUCUCAUCACCACCUGCUACGGGGGACGCAACAGAAAAGUAGCGGAAGCCUUUGCUCGCACAGGAAAAUCCAUUGAGGAGCUGGAAAAUGAGAUGCUGAAUGGACAAAAGCUGCAAGGUCCUCAGACCUCAGCCGAAGUCUACAAGAUUCUGAAACAGAAAAAUAUGCUUGAUAAGUUUCCAUUAUUUACAACAGUCUACAAGAUCUGCUACAAGGGUCAAUCAAUCCAGGAUUUCAUCAUAUGCCUGCAGAACCACCCAGAGCACAUGUAGAGAUCCCUUCUCCUCACCUGGCUGAAUUCUCACCUUCCUGGGACUUCUGUCCACUCCCUGGCAAUUGAAGUAAAGAAACAGGUCAUGUCACACUUGCUGUAAAAGCAGCAAAGAAUGUAUUUCAUUCCCCUUGUCCUGGGGAUAAAAAAAUCUGCCUUUAAUUCCAACGUUAUAUCUAAGGAAUAGGAAACAAAUGUAAAACUUAACAGUAUUUGAUUUGAGUUAGUAACAUGGGUAUUUCCCAAUAAUUCUUUUCUUGUUGACUGAAAACAGUUCCCCUUGUAACCUUGUAAUUUCCACAACAGAACUCAAUAGCUCAUGUAAACCUCAACAUUUUGCCUGCUGUUACUUACAGAAUGGCACAAAAAGCAGAAAAAUCAAAGAACUAAUCCAAAUAGAUAAAUAAUAGUAAAAAAAAAAAAAAAAAAAAUCCAAGAGCAGUUAGAUGCAAUCACAUGGGCAAAUGUCAGGUUUCCAUAAUUCCCCUCAAACACAAAUAAUGUUUUGUAUUUUGUGACAUUUAGGCCUUCCUUUAUUUCCCAGUAUAAGCUUCUUUGGAAAAACAGGUACUAUUACUGUGCUCAGACACACACGAAUGUUCAUCAGAUGUAUAAAUAAAAGUUUCAGGGGUGGGGGAAAAGGAGAAGAGGUUUGGGAUGGGUGUAUUGUUUGUUUCAAAUCUGGGACACUAGGAAUCCUCAGUAGUAAUCUGACUAAACUUACUGUAUUCCUUUAAAAUACAGGAAAAAACAAAAUCUGGAAUAACCAAAGAAAUUUUGUUAGCAUCAGAUUUUCUCAGCAAAUCCUUGUCAUUAAUUGGUACCAGCUGAGAGGGGAGAAAUGGAGGUUGACAGGGAGAUGUAUCCAGGGUUCAGCUUACAGCUCGUGCACUUGCUGAUAUUUUGAGGGGGCAACAAGUAAGGGUGACAAAACCUCUGUGAUACUUGACUUUUUACACACGUAUGGACACGACCGCUACGGACGCACAGAACUCCUGUAAACUGGCAUUUCAAACAAGGCUGCAUUUUAGCGGCACUGGGAAACUCCACUGGUCUGACACCAGUGCAGCUCCCCACGCCUUUCCAGACUGCAGUCAUGUCCUGAUCCUGCUCAAACAGCACAUCUUACACUCCAGGAGAGAGAUCUCCAUCUAGUUCUGAAUUUUAAACACAAACUGGGUUCAUAGACCAGGGUUUUUUUAUUGUGCUACCAGUGGCAUACAUUUUAGAAACACUGAAGUUUUUAAACCGUAUAGCUGUACUUGGGUAGCUUUAUGUACCUGAUGUUUUUCAGAGUUAAAACCAUCUACAAAAUGAACAGUGGCACAUUUUAUAAGCUUUAAUACCCUUUUGAAAGAAGGCAAACAAAAAGGAAGAGUAACCUACUUUUGCUGUGCUUUAUCUGAUUUUCUGAAAUAGCAGAGAGGAAGGCAAGUUUUUUAAACCUAUGUACUUACUGUCAUAGCGCUUAGAGGAAAAAAAAUGAGCUAAUUAUAAACUAAUUUCAACACGUUUUAGAGGAAUGAUAGGUCUUUCACAUUUACCAGAGUAAUAUAUAUAUAGUAAUGUAUUGUAAUUACAAAUAUAUUUAAAAAUCUCAGUCUCACAGUUAGCAAAGCUAGCUCAGGUACCAAAACCAGCGGCUGCAGUAUCCCUGAUCCUGCUGAACAGCAGCAAAGGUAGCUCAGCUCCUCCUGCUCAGAUUCCAGUCACAGCCAACAGCUCGGGGCUCUGCGGAGGAACACCAACAUUCCUUCCACUAAAAUGGGAAUUGUGGCCAAAUCCUUCACACAAAGCAGGGAAUUAACAUCUUCAAGUGAAAAAAUACUUACAUAUUGCACAGUUUUGAAGUACCAAAUACAUGAGGAUGGGAUAGAGAAUUCAGGAACCUCCUUCCUUCACCAUCAGGCUGAAUUUCUCAUAAGUCAUGUAUGAGUUAAUAAUAACAUAGAAUAUUUUACAUUCAAAGUGUAUCAAAUAACAGUUUAAUAAAGUGAUCAAUAUGCAGACUUGA